AAGGGACCUUGGAGGACUCAGGGCCCCGCCCCUUCCCGCCUGCCAUAGAGCGGAGCCCAGAGCGCCCCCGCGCCGCUUCCGCCGGGACGGCAGCCAUCUUGGGCACGGGCAGCGAAGCCCCCGCCGUGCCCGGGCCUUGCCUCGCACCCUUCCGCAGAGGAGAGGCGGCCGCGGAGCGCCGCAGCCGCGCUCGGGAAGCGACAGGAGGCCGGCGGGGGAGUUUGCGCCGUCCUCACGCCUCCUCCUCCUCAGGGGGCUGCAUGACGCGCUGGCGAUGAACGCGGCCAGAAGCGGCUACCGGGUCUUCUCGGCCAACUCCACGGCCGCCUGCACCGAGCUGGCCAAGCGCAUCACGGAACGUCUCGGUGCUGAGCUGGGGAAAUCCGUGGUGUAUCAGGAAACCAAUGGAGAAACAAGAGUUGAAAUAAAAGAGUCUGUCCGGGGACAGGAUAUCUUCAUUAUACAGACGAUCCCCAGGACGUGCAGUUUCCUCUGCCUUCCCAUUACCGAGCAGCAGAGCCCGGCAGCUACUGCUUUCGUCACAGGCUGGAUUACUCUGCCCCUCUCACUGCAGUGGUGUGAAACAGCUCGUGUGGAAAUCCUGACCUUCCCUCCUCUGUGCUUAGAUGUGAACACUGCCGUAAUGGAGCUGCUGAUAAUGGCUUAUGCACUGAAGACCUCCUGUGCCAGGAACAUCAUCGGGGUCAUCCCUUACUUCCCCUACAGCAAACAGAGCAAAAUGAGGAAGAGGGGCUCCAUAGUCUGCAAGCUGCUGGCUUCCAUGCUGGCCAAGGCAGGGUUAACGCACAUUAUCACUAUGGACCUUCAUCAAAAGGAAAUUCAAGGCUUCUUCAGCUUCCCUGUAGACAACCUGCGAGCAUCCCCUUUCUUGAUUCAGUAUAUACAGGAAGAAAUUCCGGAUUACAGAAACGCAGUUAUUGUAGCCAAAUCUCCUGAUGCAGCUAAAAGGGCUCAGUCUUACGCUGAGAGACUACGGCUGGGACUAGCAGUGAUCCACGGAGAGGCUCAGUGCACGGAGCAGGACAUGGACGACGGACGUCACUCCCCUCCGAUGGUCAAAAAUGCAACCGUGCAUCCUGGUCUGGAGCUGCCGUUGAUGAUGGCCAAGGAGAAACCGCCGAUAACUGUGGUUGGAGAUGUUGGAGGAAGAAUUGCCAUCAUCGUGGAUGACAUCAUUGAUGACGUGGAGAGCUUUGUAGCCGCCGCAGAGAUUCUGAAAGAGCGCGGAGCCUACAAGAUCUUCGUGAUGGCCACUCACGGGCUCCUGUCUGCAGACGCACCCCGUCUCAUAGAGGAGUCCUCCAUCGACGAGGUGGUAGUAACCAACACAGUCCCUCACGAGGUACAGAAGCUGCAGUGCCCCAAGAUAAAGACUGUGGAUAUCAGCUUGAUCCUGUCCGAAGCCAUCCGGCGAAUCCACAACGGGGAGUCCAUGGCCUAUCUCUUCCGCAACAUCACCGUCGAUGACUAGAGCUGGUGCUGCCCCUGUCCUGGCUUCCACGAGAGAAGGACACAUGCAUGAAAAGGCAAUACCAUAAGUUAUAGACGUAACACAGCUGUUUAUUCUUGUAGGAAGGGUGAAGGCUCUCAGGGUCGUGAGCCGUGAGAUCCAAUAGAAGCAAAUCCACCUGACCGGCACUUUACAGGUGAACAGGAGAGGCCACUGCCGAUGGGGAGGGUUUACAGCCUUGAGAGAGACGGAGAAGUGAGGAGGGUUUGAACUUUUAAAUUCCUUUAUAUUUUUUUAGUGUUAUCUCUUGCUCUGAAGGGGAGGGGGGGAGUAAAAAAAAAAAAAAAAAAAGCCUAGCUGCCAGCUCACGAGAAAGGAAUAGAGAACGCUCAUCGCUGCACGUGGACAGCGAGAGAGGAAGCGGCGCUGGGGUUUCUGUUUCUGGCCGUGGCUCGCCCGGGAGAGCGCAGAAAGGAGUGCCUCGUUCGGCGGCACCGCCUGCUGCUGGCAGAGCCGAGCAGCUCCGUGCCAGCCUCUGCUCCUCUCGCAUGGCGUGGCACGUACCGCUGGCGGAGCACAGCAGCCAGGAAGGGCAGCUCGGGGCGAGCCCUUUCCGGGGCCGCUCAAACCCCUCGUGACUGGGCGCUGGGAACGAGCUCUCACGUAUCUCCCAGCAGGGCAAGAGGUGCUAGUUAACGUGCUGGCCUUUUCAUUUCGCGAGCCUUGGGUCGUUACCGUGCUUCAGGGGGAAGUCACACGAGGGUCUGGGUCCUCGCUUGAACGCUCGUCCGCGCUGCGAAACCAGGCACGGCUGCUGGAGGGGCCUGGGGCUGCUGGACUGGGGCAGAACCUCACGGGGAAGGGGGGUGGAACGGUGCCUCCGCUGCAGCUGGGCUCUCCGGAACACUAACACUGAAUCUGCAAUAAAGAGCAUAGGAUUUAU